CGAUGCUUCCCGCCCUCUGCCGAGGUUAGGGGUCCAGGCUGCGCCCCGCCUCCCGGGAGCCGCGCCUGCGCGCUGCUUGUCCCGGCUGUGCGUCCUGCUCCCCAAGCGGAAUUCUAGGUCAAUGGCCCCUAGGCUGCAGCUGCUGACAUGGGACGUGAAAGACACAUUGCUUCGACUCCGCCAUCCAGUGGGGGAAGGAUAUGCUGCCCAGGCUCAGGCCCAUGGGCUAAAGGUGGAGGCAGCAGCCCUUGGAUCAGCCUUCCAUCAAGCAUACAAGGCCCAGAACCAGAAGUUCCCUAACUAUGGGCUAAGCCAAGGCCUCACCUCCCGACAAUGGUGGCUGGAUGUUGUCCUACAGACGUUCCACCUGGCAGGAGUACAGAACUCCAAAGUCCUUGAACCCAUCGCCAACAAACUCUACAAGGACUUCAGCAGUGCUGAAAACUGGCAGAUGCUGGAAGGGGCUGAAUCCACUCUGCAGCAGUGCCGUGAACGGGGACUGCGACUAGGUGUCGUUUCCAACUUUGACAGGAGGCUAGAAGAUAUCCUGGCUCAGUGUGGUCUCCGGAAGCACUUCGAUUUCAUACUGACAUCUGAGGCCGCUGGCUGUGCCAAACCUGACCCCAAAAUCUUCCAACAGGCCCUGCAACUUGCUGAUAUAGAGCCAAGCCAGGCAGCCCACAUCGGGGACCAUUACCUGAAUGAUUACCAGGCACCCCGGAAGGUGGGCAUGCACAGCUUCCUGCUGAUGAGUACCAAAACCCAGGACCCCUUUCCAAGAACUGUUUCAAAGGAACACAUCCUGCCUUCCCUCCCCCACCUUCUGGUUGCCCUCAACCACCUGGAAAGCUCAGACCCAAAGCACUGAAGAUUGUUGGGGAAGGUGAGAUGGUAAAACCCGUGCAAGCUGAACCUGCCCAGUGGGAUGAGGCAAUGGAAAUCCCAGGCAGCUGCGCCUAUUGUUGGAGACAUGUAGCUCCUUCUUCUCACAAGAGCAGCAUUCAGAGCCCCUUCUUAUGCUAUCAUAAAGUCAAUGACCAUGGUUAA